ACCAUUUUGAAUGUUCUAAGACAUUGAAAUGAUUAUUCUUCCUUUUCACUUUUUUCUUUGCAGUAAAUUGUCCCUGCCUAAUUGUAUCUGUUGCAUUGCAAAUGGCUGGUCGAUCAGCAUGCACAAUUUAUGUUGGUAACCUGCCAUUAGAUGUCAAGGAAUGGGAAAUUGAGGACCUUUUCUACAAGUAUGGGGGGAUUUUGGAUAUUGAAUUGAAGCUUCCACCACAUUCUCUGGGAUACUGUUUUGUGGAGUUUGAGGAUCCUUUGGAUGCUGAAGAUGCAAUUAGGGGGUUGAACUUGCUCAUGGUGGUUGCGGACAAUCUUCUCGCCAUGGAUAUGGUGGUGGUGGUGGUAGAGGACGGUUUGGUGUUUCACAUCGAUCAGAGUUUUGAGGUACAACUCAUUGGAAGUUCAUCUUUGAUCUUUUAUGCUGUCUUGUCCAUUUUUAGGAUCAUAUGCAGAAUGCUGGAGAUGUAUGUUUUGCUGAAGUUUACCGUGAUGGAGAUGAUUAGGAAGCUUGAUGAUUCUGAAUUUCAGAAUUCGUUUUCAAAGGCCUAUAUUAGGGUGGAGAGCUAUUAUGCCAGUCCACAUGGAGCUGGGUCUCAGAAUCAAAGUAGAAGUCCUAGUAGAAGUCCAAGAAGCAAUCACAGGUCUCUCUCAAAAUCAAGGUCACCACCUCCUGCAAAAUUAUCCAUAUCAAGAUCAAGAUCCAACUAACUCUUUUGGCUGGCAGCUUUGAGCUAUUUAGGUGGUCUGAAAAAAGCUUUGAGUUAUUUAAGCAUCAUUUACUGCUUGGAGAAAUACAUAGCGGUCCUUGUCUCAUGAUUAUAGCAAUUUGGUAGGAUAAAUUGUUAAUCAUCUCAAAUUAGAUCUUAUUAGCUAAUUAUACUUUGCCUGAGGUUUUUUUGCAGACCCAGUAGGAAUGACCUAUUGCUCAUAUGUGAUGUUCGGUAGUGCUUUGUGCUGGGAAUUGCUAAAAGUUAAAACUAUGCUUUUAUAUCAUGAGAUGAUGUUUUGAUCUGCACCAGAUUGUAAAAAUUACCUGUUAUAAUAAACAGUGACUUCCAUC